AUGUCUUCGGAGUCACAGAAUGCGUCGUCGGGCGCAGAGGAGAAGCGACAGAUGAUGGAGAAGAUGAACGCGAACAAAUCUAAGCCUACCGAUAGGCUGAAGGAGCAGGGUGAGAGGACUGUGAAGGAUCCAGUCACGGGCAUGGAUGUUCGUAUCAAGGAUGCAGACUUCAAAGAUUUUGAGGAAGCCGGUGGUGGAAAGGGCUUGAACCCAGCCGCCCUAGACCCCGCACGCACAGACGUCCCCGGACCCGCUCUAAACGCCCCCGCCACUGCAGGUUCCACCACCUCCACCGACCAACCCCACCCAAUAAACUCCUCCAUCAAUACCGCUCCCAACCCAUCCGGACCCGGAAACAUCCUCCUCCAACGUUUUCCCCCACCCAUCUCCUCCUCCAUCGAGCCCCUAACCACCUCCCUCUCCAACGCCUCUAUCGGCCUCACCAUCGGCUUGACCCUGAUCUGGCUGUUCACCGCGUUCGGGAGCGGGUGGUGGCGGUUCUUUUUGCGGAGUACGAUAAUUGGGAGUGUGGGGUUCGCGGUGUUGAGUGCUAUUAGUUUGGUUAGUAAUGGGUUGGAGAAGGAGAUGGAGAGGGUGAGGAUGGAGAUGCAUAGGCAGAGAGGGGAGGAAUUCGCCCCGCCGACGCCUGAGUCGGUGGAGUGGUUGAAUUCAUUCGUGAAGGUGGUUUGGGGUCUUGUGAACUCGGAUAUGUUUAUGCCCGUUGUCGAUAUGGUAGAAGAUAUUAUGCAGCAGUCCCUCCCUGGAUUCGUCGAGGCCAUCAAGAUUUCCGAUAUAGGACAGGGAACAAACCCGUUCCGUAUCAUUAGCAUGCGUGCACUCCCAGAUCAGCCAAUCGACCGCGAAUACCCCCGCGACGCAUGGAUGAACGGCGGUGAAGGCGCUAAUACCGCUGUUCCUUCCCAAGGCGAUGGUAAUGGACCUAUGGUUGAGAAGCCGGAAGGUUCUGCUGAUGCUGCUGCUGUUGACGGUGUCAAAAAGGAGGAGGCGAUGGGUGAUUAUGUCAACUACGAAGUCUCGUUCUCGUACCUCGCGAAGCCGGGACAGGGAAAGACGUUGAUGACGAGUAAUAUCCAUCUUCUCUUCGAACUCUUCCUCGGUGUCUACGACUGGAUGCACAUCCCCAUUCCCGUCUGGAUCCAAGUGGAGAAGGUCGUCGGAACCAUUCGCAUGCGCAUUCAGUUCAUCCCUGAAUAUCCAUUCGUGAGGAACUUGACUGUCUCGCUCAUGGGUGUGCCCGGCGUGGAAGUUAGUGCGAAGCCGAUGGCGAAGGCCCUCCCAAAUGUGAUGGAUCUCCCGCUCAUCUCGACGUUCACGAAGAUGGCGAUCAAGGCGGCCACGGCCGAGUUCGUCGCUCCGAAGUCGUUGACGCUUAAUUUGCAGGAUAUGCUCAGUGGGCCUGCGGCUGAGGCUGAUACACUCGCGACGGGCGUGUUCCUCAUCACGAUCCAUUACGCCGAGGACCUUUCUGCUCAAGACUCGAACGGACUGUCCGAUCCGUACAUCGUCGUUGCGUACGCUAAGUUCGGAAAGCCAUUGUAUUCCACGAGGAUCAUUCUGGGAGACUUGAAUCCGGUUUACGAAGAGACGCUCGCGAUCUUGGUGUCCGAAUCGGAGAAGAACGCGAAAGAAGAGCUGUCCCUCCAGCUUUGGGAUUCGGACAAGAGGAGCGCGGAUGAUUUGAUUGGGAGGGUUUCGGUCCCGGUGGAGGAGUUGAUGAAGGCUGAGAAUGCGAAUCAGUGGAGCCAAAGGACUGAUAAGCUGAGGGGAUUUGAGGAUGCGAACGACAUGCCCGGAACGCUUCAUUGGUCUAUCGGAUAUUUCACGAAGCUCGAGUUCGCACAACGCAAGCCCGAGCCGAAACAGGCUCUGAAGCCUAUCGCGGAAGCUACGACGCGCGAGGACAGGAAGUUGGAGAAGAAGGAGAAGGAAGUCGAGAAGGAGAUUGCGGAGAAGGAUCCGCCGAAGGAUGUCUUCAACACGAAGCCAGAUGAGGAGUGCGUUAGUGGAAUUUUGAGCUUGACGGUGCAUCAGAUCAUGGAGCUUGAGCGCCAGAAUCUGAAGGGUAGUUCGGGGAGUAAUAGGGAGGGGCAGGCGGGUCAGGAUACGUCGAGGUUGGCGGAGGAGGCGCAGAAUCUGCCGUCGGGGUAUGUGGAGUACAUCGUCAACGAUGAGAUGGUUUACAAGACCCGUGUUAAGCCCUACACGACGUAUCCGUUCUUUGAAGCCAAGCACGAGCUUUUCAUUCGGGACUGGAGGACGACGGUGGUAAGGUUCGUUGUGCGGGAUUCAAGAGUACGUGAGAAGGACCCGAUCCUUGGUGUCAUAUCUCUUCGUCUGUCAGACGUCUUCGAAAAGUCUUCGUCCGUUAAGCAGACGUGGUCUCUGAUGGAAGGUGUCGGAUUCGGCCGUGCAAACUGCUCCCUUCUCUUCCGGAACGUUCAAGCCAAACUACCACCCAAACUUCUCGGCUGGGAGACCGGCACUGCCGAGGUACUUUCUGACGUGCAAGUUCAUCUCGACGCGAGCGCCGCUGGACCGGGCGGCGAGGGUGGCGGAAGGGAUUUCGAGGGGAAGAAGUUGACGAUCUCGACGACGCAUAGUAGUGCGAAGAUUUCGGGUAAGGAUGCGAGGGUUGAGGGCAUUGAUGUUGUUGUAUGGCAGGUCGAGCAAGGCAUCCGUCUCCCGCUGUACGACCGAUAUUCGCAAUGCCUCCUCUUCGAGAUCGGCAAAGACGCCAUUGCGCCCUUUUGGCUUUGCGACAUCGAAGACGACGUCGAGAAGACCGUCCGGAUCCCCGUACUCGUUCCUGGGGCUUCGCACGGUACCUCGCUGAAAGUCCUCCGCCAGAACUACAUCAACGACCAAACGGCGAAGACGCACAACUACAAGCAGAUCGGCGUGCUCGUCGUGAACGUUAAAGUCGACUCUGGGCUGGAUACGGAUCACGAGAAGUACAUGUUCAGCCCUGGGCGACCGCAGACGGAUAGACAUACGUAUGAGACGUAUGAUCAUGUGGAGGGACAGGCUGCUAGAGCGGAGAAGUUGCAGAGGGCGAAAACGGUGGAUUCGGAUGGGAAUAGUGGGGGCAGUUUAGAGGAGAGGGAGCUGAAGAGGGAGCAUGAGAGGCAGUUGAGGAGUCGGCAUAGGGGGACGAUGCAGUUUGCGCCGGCGAGGACGGUGGUGUGGAUGAAGCAUGGGGUGCAGGAGAAGGCGAGUAAGCUUAAGAAAAAGUUGACGGGGGAUACGACGAGGCAACCGACGGUCGCAUCGGAGGCUUGA